CCAGCUCCACCCCGGAUCUUUCGCGGACGUGUUUCAGACAAUUUUUCUUCCGCGCAGAGCCAAAAGUCACUUCUCUCCAUCAUAUAUUUAUUAUUAUCUCUCUCACUGCCUCAAACUCUUGCUAUUAUAUAAAUCAACUCAUCACCUUCUCUUUCUCUCUCUCUCUCUCUCUCGCUCAAAACCAGCAACCCCACCUUGCAUGCAUUCAAGUACUUCUUCUUUGUAACCAAACUAAAACCUCUUGAUUUAUUGUUUCAUUUAAUCAAAUAGUAGUAAUAAUAUCACCACCGCACCGACAUGGAGUAGAAGUAGCUCUUCAUUCAAAGAGUAACGCCUCUCCAGAGACUAGUACUUCAUUUUGCACCAUUGAUAUCUCAAAUGGCUCGUGCUUCGACCAACUGGCUAUCGUUCUCUCUCUCCCCCAUGGAUAUGCUCCGAACCCCCGAACCUCAGUUCGUUCAAUACGACGCCGCUUCCGACACUUCCUCGCAUCACUACUACCUCGACAACUUGUACACCAACGGGUGGGGGAACGGGAGCCUCAAGUUUGAGCAGAAUCUGAACCACAGCGACGUGAGUUUCGUUCAAUCGUCGUCGCAGAGCGUCAGCCACGCGCCGCCGAAGCUGGAGGAUUUUCUCGGCGACUCCUCCGCUGUUAUGCGUUACUCCGACAGCCAGACGGAGACGCAGGACUCGUCGCUGACGCACAUCUACGACCACCACCACCACCACCACCACCACGGUUCUUCUGCGUACUUCGGCGGUGACCACCAGGAUCUCAAGGCCAUUACUGGAUUCCAAGCUUUUUCGACUAACUCUGGCUCCGAAGUUGAUGAUUCUGCAUCGAUCGGAAAGGCGCAGGGCAGCGAGUUCGGGACUCACUCUAUUGAGUCCUCCGUCAACGAGUUCGCCGCGUUCUCCGGUGGCACCAACACCGGUGGAACCUUGUCGCUCGCCGUCGCGCAGAGCUCCGAGAAGGCCGUCGCUGCUGCGGCGGAGUCCGAUCGCUCGAAGAAGGUUGUGGAUACCUUCGGCCAGCGGACUUCUAUAUACAGAGGUGUCACUAGGCACCGAUGGACAGGAAGAUAUGAAGCGCAUCUAUGGGACAAUAGUUGCAGAAGGGAGGGUCAAGCUAGAAAAGGGCGUCAAGUUUAUUUGGGUGGAUAUGAUAAGGAAGAAAAGGCCGCUAGAUCUUAUGAUUUGGCAGCUCUGAAGUACUGGGGUCCCACUGCUACCACCAACUUCCCUGUUUCCAAUUAUUCAAAGGAAGUGGAGGAGAUGAAACAUGUAACAAAGCAGGAAUUUAUCGCAUCAUUGCGAAGGAAAAGUAGUGGUUUCUCCAGGGGAGCUUCCAUAUACAGAGGUGUUACAAGGCAUCAUCAACAGGGUAGGUGGCAAGCAAGAAUUGGCCGUGUAGCUGGAAACAAAGAUCUUUACUUGGGAACAUUCGCAACCGAGGAGGAAGCAGCAGAGGCAUAUGAUAUUGCAGCCAUUAAGUUCAGAGGUGCAAACGCGGUAACCAACUUUGAGAUGAAUAGAUAUGAUGUGGAAGCUAUAAUGAAGAGUUCUCUUCCAGUGGGUGGGGCAGCAAAGCGCUUGAAGCUUUCCCUUGAAUCAGAGCAGAAAGCUCUUCCUGUGAGCAGCAGCAGCAGCAGCAGUCAACAGCAGAAUCCACAGUGUGGAAACGUGAGUGCCAGCAUCAAUUUCUCAUCCAUUCAUCAGCCAAUUGCUUCUAUCCCUUGUGGAAUUCCCUUUGAUUCAACAACAGCAUAUUAUCAUCACAACCUUUUCCAACAUUUUCACCCUACCAACGCUGGCACAGCAGCGUCUGCUGUUACUUCUGCCAAUGCAAAUGCACUAACUGCACUGCCACCAACAGCAGCAGCUGAGUUCUUUAUUUGGCCUCAUCAGUCUUAUUGAUCUAAUCAAAACUAGAAAUCAUCUUUUGUUAAUUUCCUGGUUAUGCUAACAAAUUAAAAGCUAUAGUCUCUGGCACAGUUUAGCUGACCCCCCUCCUCUAUUAUUAACCCCUUUAGGCUGCUAAAAAAGAAAAAAAAUGAGGUUUUUGAGUUGGCUAGUCUUAGUUACUGUAGGAAGCUGGAUAUGUAACUAACUGCUCAAGAAAUGAGAAAUAUUUCGUGCAUCAUAAUUUUGCACAAGAAUUUCCUUAAUGGCUUAUAGCUUGCAGUGGAGUAUGACCGCUUUUGUUUAAUUGUCAA